AUGGGAGUUCUCUAGAAGAUCGCAGCAUACUAUGUUUACAUACUUUCAUAUUCACAUAACCUUUCUUGAUGUUCACGAGAAGCGCGAAAAUGUAAAAAACACUUUGUUGACAUCCGCAUAAUUCUCGAGGAUAUUCGAAGUGGUCGAUUAUCUCACUGCAAUGUCAAAUAGAUGAGUCAUCGUCAGUUGCUAUUUCCAGUCUCGCGUUCUCAAUGAUACCUGAAGGGUUUCUUAAUUGUAAACAAUGUGUCCAAUAUGUGCGCAUUAAAAUAUAAACGACAAAAGUUAUUUGAAACAAAUUUAUCACAAGUCGAAAAAUAAUUUGGCCUAUUAUGUAACAUCGAAUGUCGAACACACAAUUGAUAUCUUUUAAAAAGUGAUUUUCGUCGUACAUGUGACCUUGCAAGUAAUCGCGCAAAAUGUUUUCGAGAAUAUUACGCGAUAUCACUGAAAAGUGGUUCAACGUACGGAGAACAACCAGAAGAAGCGUGCAGUCUGCCAAAGAUACGAUUUUCCGCGGCGGUAUCAUUAUUAUCAGCGUUAUUCUCAUAAUUUGGUUGUCCAUAUUUCUUUAUACAGCCUUUUACUAUGCCUACAUGCCGAGUAUGUCAUACGCACGGCCCGUAAAUAUGAAUUUCAAAUCGUGCGAUGAAGAGAAAGGAAAAUGCAGUUUUCCACAAGCUAAUGUACAAUUGACCAAGAGACAGCAACUUUUGAUGGUCGGCCAGCCAUACAAAAUAAAUCUGCAUCUGGAAAUGCCAGAGUCACCAGUCAACAAAGAGCUUGGUAUGUUUAUGGUCUGCGCUCAAUUGCGCAGUCGCGAUGGAUAUCUUGUAGACCAUACGUGUAGAUCAGCAAUGUUACAUUAUCGUAGUACAUUAUUACACGCACUUACAACUCUUACAUUUUUUCCUAUGAUGAUUUUUGGAAAUGUUGAAGAGAAACAAGAUGUUAUUCUCGAAUUGUUCGGUAAUUUUGAAGAAGAUCAGAACCAUCCAGUAACAAUUAUAUUUAUUGAAAUCCAAUCAAGACACAUAGAAUUCUAUUCUGCUAACCUCGUGAUAAAUGCUCACUUAUCAGGGCUACGUUACUGGAUGUUUUAUUGGCCAAUUCUAUCAGCCUUUAUUGGCAUUGGUACAAUCUUGUUUUUCAUAACACUUGUGUACACAUUGUCAUAUCUACAUCUUGAAAUUGAAGAGGAGAAUUCGGACGAAAGUUUUGAAAAGAGCGACAUCGACGACGACAAAGAUCUUAAGACUGAUUUGCCAAAUACGUCACUUAUAACAGAUUUCAAAGAUGAGGAGAAAAGUACAGAAGAAGAAAAGCUUUUUCAGGGAGGCCAGAGCUAUAUCCAGGAAUUUUCUUUAUCAGCUCCUGAAUCAUCAAGCAGCGAAGUUGUUUUAUGUAAAGAUAUAUAAUUAUUUUGCGUGAUAUAGGAAUGAAUGUUGCAACACAGUUGAAUAAUUAAUCAUUUACGGAAGAAUAUUAACGAAAAAGUUAUUAAAAUAGGAAAUAUAUUUUUUAUAUUCUAUAAUAUACGAUAUAUUUAGCUCCUUUUUUGAAAUCAUAUCUUAAGUAAUCGAACCUUCUGUAGCUUAGUAAUACUUUCAGGCAUCCAUCAUUUCGUAAAUGUCUCACAAAAAAAAAAUUUUUUUUUUAAUUAAAAAAAAAAGAGAUGUUCA